AUGCUCCAGAUGUUCUGGGCUGCUGAAAGGUCAGGACUGGCCGGGUGCGUUCACUCAGUUGAGUGGGUAAAGCGAACAUGUUUGGGACGCGGCCCGCCUUAGGAGGCUGGAACAGGGCGUUUCCGCGCUGAAGGGGACGCGGCCCGUCUGGUUCCUGUCUCGGUCAUAUGUCGGGGCUCCUGGUGCUCGCAGCGGCGCUUCGCGGUUCUACAGACAGAGUUCAGAGUUCGAGCAGCGGGUUGUCCGGGUCAGCUGAAGCCCCCCAGCAGCGGAGAGGAUGCCGGCGGUGUCUAAAGGGGACGGGAUGCGCGGACUGGCCGUGUUCAUCUCCGACAUCAGGAACUGUAAAAGUAAAGAGGCCGAGAUAAAGAGGAUAAACAAGGAGCUGGCAAACAUCCGCUCCAAAUUUAAAGGAGACAAGGCGUUGGACGGCUACAGUAAAAAGAAGUAUGUCUGCAAGCUGCUCUUCAUCUUCCUUCUGGGCCACGACAUCGACUUCGGGCACAUGGAGGCCGUCAACCUCCUGAGCUCCAACAAGUACACGGAGAAGCAGAUCGGUUACCUGUUCAUCUCAGUGCUGGUCAACUCCAACAGCGACCUGAUCCGCCUCAUCAACAACGCCAUCAAAAACGACCUCGCCAGCCGCAACCCCACCUUCAUGAACCUGGCCCUGCACUGCAUCGCCAACGUGGGCAGCAGAGAGAUGGCGGAGGCGUUCGCCUCGGAGAUUCCCAGAAUCUUAGUGGCCGGGGACACGAUGGACAGCGUGAAGCAGAGCGCAGCUCUGUGUCUGUUACGGCUCAACAGGACGUCGCCCGACCUCGUGCCCAUGGGCGAAUGGACCGCACGGGUCGUCCAUCUGCUGAACGAUCAGCACCUGGGCGUGGUGACGGCAGCCACCAGCCUCAUCACCACUCUGGCCCAGAAGAAUCCGGAUGACUUUAAGACCUCCGUGUCACUGGCGGUGGCCCGGCUCAGCAGGAUCGUGACGUCGGCGUCCAUCGACCUGCAGGACUACACGUACUACUUUGUGGCUGCCCCGUGGCUGUCCGUCAAACUGCUGCGCCUGCUGCAGUGCUACCCUCCUCCAGAGGACGCCGCGCUGAGAAGUCGUCUCACCGAGUGUUUAGAGACCAUCCUCAAUAAAGCCCAGGAACCUCCAAAGUCUAAGAAGGUCCAACACUCCAACGCCAAGAACGCCGUUCUGUUUGAAGCCAUCGCCCUCAUCAUCCACCAUGACAGGCAGCCCACCCUGUUGGUACGAGCCUGUAACCAGCUGGGCCAGUUCCUCCAGCACAGAGAAACCAACCUCCGUUACCUGGCGUUGGAGAGCAUGUGCACGCUGGCCAGCUCCGAAUUUUCCCACGAGGCCGUGAAGACGCACAUGGAGACUGUGAUCAACGCUCUGAAGACGGAGAGAGAUGUGAGUGUUCGCCAGCGCGCCGUGGAUCUGCUCUACGCCAUGUGCGACCGCAGCAACGCCAAGCAGAUCGUGGCAGAGAUGCUGAGCUACCUGGAGACCGCCGACUACUCCAUCAGAGAGGAGAUAGUGCUCAAAGUGGCCAUCCUGGCGGAGAAGUACGCCGUGGACUACACCUGGUACGUGGACACCAUCCUGAACCUGAUCCGCAUCGCUGGGGACUACGUCAGCGAGGAGGUCUGGUACCGUGUCAUCCAGAUCGUCAUAAACCGAGACGACGUCCAAGGUUACGCCGCCAAGACCGUGUUUGAGGCGCUGCAAGCCCCCGCCUGCCACGAGAACCUGGUGAAGGUGGGCGGGUACAUCCUGGGGGAGUUCGGUAACCUGAUUGCUGGUGACUCGCGCUCCAGCCCUCUGGUCCAGUUCAAUCUCCUUCACUCCAAGUUCCACCUGUGCUCUGUGCCGACUCGGGCGCUGCUGCUGUCGGCGUACAUCAAGUUCAUCAACUUGUUUCCAGAAGUGAAAGCCACCAUCCAGGACGUCCUGCGCUCCGACAGCCAGCUUCGCAACGCAGACGUGGAGCUUCAGCAGAGAGCCGUCGAGUACCUGAGGCUCAGCUGCAUCGCCAGCACCGACAUCCUGGCCACCGUCCUGGAGGAAAUGCCGCCGUUCCCGGAGAGGGAGUCCUCGAUUCUGGCCAAGCUGAAGAAGAAGAAAGGACCCGGAAAACUGCCAGACAUGGACGAUAGUCGCCGCAGCGUCAACGGCAGCACGGAGCACAGCGAGAACACCGACACCACGAACAAGAGCUCCACCCACUCUUUUACGGAUGUCCUGAAUCUAAACUCCGCCCCCUCAUCAGGAGCCAAUCUGCUCAUUGACGUGUUUUCAGAGAGCUCCGCCCCCCCUGCAGCCACAGAGGUAUCAGAGGAGAACUUCCCCAGGUUUGUUUGUAAGAACAACGGCGUGAUCUACGAGAACCAGCUGUUACAGAUCGGGCUGAAGGCUGAGUACCGGCAGAACCUCGGUCGCAUGUACGUGUUCUACGGAAACAAGACGUCCACCCAGUUCCUCAGCUUCUCCUCCUCAGUGAGCAGCAGCGACGCGCUCAAGUCUCAGCUGAACGUCCACUCGAAGGCGGUCGACCCCGUGAUAGAGGGCGGAGCUCAGAUGCAGCAGAUCCUGAACAUCGAGUGUGUGUCAGACUUCAGCGACGCGCCAGUGCUCAACAUCCAGUUCAGGUAUGGUGGGGCCCUGCAGAACAUCGCUGUGAAGCUCCCCGUGAUGCUCAACAAGUUCUUCCAGUCCACAGAGAUGACGUCGCAGGACUUCUUCCAGCGCUGGAAGCAGCUCGGAGCCCCUCAGCAGGAGGUCCAGAAAAUCUUCAAAGCCAAACACCCGAUGGACACCGAGGUCGCCAAGGCCAAGAUUUUAGGUUUCGGCGUCGCUCUGCUGGACGGCGUCGAUCCCAAUCCUGCGAACUUUGUCGGAGCGGGAGUCGUUCACACGAAGACCACUCAGGUGGGCUGCCUGCUCAGACUGGAGCCCAACAUGCAGGCUCAGAUGUACCGCCUCACGCUCCGGACCAGCAGGGACUCGGUGUCUCAGAGACUCUGCGAGCUGCUCUCAGAGCAGUUUUAGACUCUCGCCGCCUCUCACACCUCAGCUCCUGUACAGUGUAAAGUCUUUUUUAUUUUUCUUGCUUUACAUCUGAAUGAAUCCAAAUGUAUUUUUGCACACAGCUUUACUAAUCACACCGCUUUAAUCGUCCCUCACUGUGAGCGCCUCGCUGCAGGUCCUGACUCUGCCGCCGGAGUCUUUCCUUUUAGACAACAAUCCCACCAAUCGCACGCCUUCAAACCAGAAUCGCUCGAUCAGAGGUCGGUGUCGUUUACCUCAGGAGGAAAAGCCGCAGCUUUUCUGUCUUUGGUGUAACAACGACUUCAGAUGCUUGGGGCGGUUCUGCUUUUGCACAUAAAUUUUACACGAUAAUUCAGCAAAGACAAAAAGUCCUCGUAGAACACUAGCUAGGAUCUUCUUAUUGUGCUGGAGGUCAUGAGGUCAUAAGAGCGCGUCUGUUCUUCUUGUGCACCUCUGAACCGGUUGGCUCGAUUUCAGACACCAAACGGGAAUGCUGCUCCUCCAGCCACGGAUCCAAGCUUCCUGUUUGGAGCGAGACUUCCAGGGAGUGAUCUAGGAAUCUGCAGCAGGUGCAGAGGUGAACAAGGAGACGGCUUUAUAGGUUUGAAGGGGACGCUGCCCAAAAGUCAUUAUGAGUUAAAGGUGGCCUUUGACCUCGCCUCGUUCUUACCUCCAGACGGUCGAGUCUGUGAACGUUUGUUACUGAGAACAUAAAGGCCUUACAAAGAGCCUCAAUCACUGCCUCACACACUACGUUUGCCUUAAAGCUUCGAUGAUUCAGAGCACCGCUGCACUCUUCACAUUUCUGUCGCUCAUGUUUGCUGAAUCUCCUGCGUUUGUGUGACGUGUCCUCAUCCUGAUCUGCGACGGCACACGUGACGAGUACAGACCGAGCGCCCAUGCGUGGAAACGGCAGCAGGCUUCAGCCUCACAGACGUCGAUGUGACAGAAAAAAAAACGCAGUUUCUGGUGUUUAUGCCUCACACGGCGCCGUCACCGUUUCGGCUUCAGGUUAAGGAAAAAGUCUUCAUCAUUUUAAAGGAGACCGUCAAACGCCUCACCUGUAGUGCCUUCAAGGUGAACUCUGUUCAGCCUCUUUUACACCUGUGCCUUCAUCAGCUGCUGACUCCGCAGCUCGCCCCCUGCUGUCAGCACACAGUGAGCCAGGUACUCUGAUUACUGAAGCUCUGAUGACUUUGUCUCUGCUGACACAUCAGCCUUUGUGCUAAACAUUAGAGAUGCUGGAGGAACAGCCCUGUACGCAGCAGGAAGCAGCUUGCUGAGCCAGCAGGUGAAGCCUGGCUCGAUGCUCUCCCGGCUGGUGUGAGGGCUGCAGUUUGGCACACGUAUAUAAACCAGAACUGAACUACAACGUGAGUUUGAGCUUUUAGGAGACGAUGAAACGAUGGGAAAAAAUAAAGUCUGAGCGUUGGUCGGCCCAGCAGGAAGCUCUCAGGGUUCUUCCUCGUUACUGCCCAUAGAGAAGUGUUUAAUACCACGGGCUCAGUCGUCACGGCUUCACCUCAGAGCGAGGAAACAAACUUUAAGGUCUGACCUCACGCCGUGGUUUCGAGCUCUCGCCUUCGUAGCUGGGUGUCCUCUCAGUUUCUGUCUUGAAGCUAAUCUGUAGACGAAGUUUUGCGACCCGUUGAAGCUCCGUGUGGCGGCUCAGGCCGAAGCAGCCGCUCGUCGCGUUUCCUGAACUUUACGUCUUUGAAAUCCGUCGUCACUCCUGACGGACGCUCGCGCUCAGUCACGUGUGCCUCGCUGAAGGAUCGCGCGCCAUCGAAGCAGAAGAAACGGCUGCUGAUGUCACUGUGAUGUCAUUUCAACAUCCAAAUGUGUUUUUACAAAUAAACAUAUUUUACAAACUAAUAACCUGAAAUCUGCUGUUUUUAUUCAAAAAGGAAAAAAAGCCUCCUGGUAACUCGAUCUCGCUUCACUUUAAAUAAAAAUAAUAAAAUGUUUUCAGACCUUCAAAAGUGUUUUUAUAAGUGAAGCUAAAACUUCACAGCACUCAUAACUUCCUCAGAUUUGAACAUGAAUAUCUGAUUUUUUUUUCUUACCAUGAAAAUGAAUUGUUUUCUUUUUUAAAUUCUUUUUUUUUUCUUAAUUUUUGUGGCUCUUUGUGACCAAGCAUCUCAUCUUAAUCAGGAUCAGUCAUUUGGGACAGAUGUGUUACUAAUGUUUUGGUACUGACCAGUUAAAAUAAUCAAGUCUGUGAAGUCCCAUUUUUGAGCAAACACUAAUAAAAAAAACUUCACAUAACAACAGACGAAUA